AUGAGGCCCUGGCGGCAGCUCUUUGGACGUGACUGGCUAAUCGAAGUCCCUUAUCUGGCAGUUCCCGGUUAUGCCAGUGAUCGGAAUGCGGAAUGGGUGGUGGUGCUAGCUUUGGUGCUUGCUCCGCCUCUCAUGUUGAUCUACGCAGCAGGAUGUCUUGGAACUCUUAUCACAACUCAAAAUAUGGACAAUGAUCUUGGUUGUGGCAACGUCCGUGGCCGCUCGACAAUCAUGUCGAUCACUAACCCAGUCCAGCGACUGAUUCAUUUGCGACUGCCAUGGCCAUCAGCUGCCUUGAUGAACGACGUCAGGACCCUGGGGUGA